AAAACCUUAUACAGUCUAUGGAGAAAACGGUCCUUUUUCGUUUCUACCUCUUCGUGAUUUUGUAUUUUGUUAUGCUAAGUAGAGAAAAAAAAGUUCACUUUUAAGAUAUGCAGUUGCCAUAAUUUUGUCUAAAAGCCCGUCUACGACAUACAAAAGUCUUUUUUUCAGCCAGGCAAAUCAAUGGGCACCUAGCAGAACUUUGACAACACAGCAGGGUCCUCCGUUUAGCGCCAGUUUGGAUUUUCUCCCCCCUCUUGAGUGUAAGUUGUAUUGUUACGGUAUAAACCUAAUGUGUCAUUCUUACAAAAUAUAACUGAAGAAAUGAUGAAUAGCUAAGUGCAGUGUUAGUUAGUGGAAAAUAAACGCUAUAUUAACCGGUUGCUCGUGGCUGCAAAGUCCGUCGAAGUUGCAUUCGAGCUAGCAAAGGACCCAAAGGCGUACCAAUAGAAUCGGAGGUCACAAAGUCAUCUGACAUCAGACCCCCUUUUACAUCUCUAAAAUGGAUGGUGAGGAUGAUCUGGACAUUUUGACGGCACUGCUGGCUGAAAACGAGGGUGUCGAAGAAGAUCAGGAAAGCCAGGAGCAAGCAGACGACUUGGAUGGCCUGUUUGAUGAUGACAACGAUGAAGAGGAAGAGUACAAAGAGGGUGUCGAGGAGGAAGGGCGAGCUGUGGAGACGGAGGACACAGUGUCAGAGCUCUUUGGAGAUGUGGAUGACAUUGAAAAUGAGGACAAAGACACUAAAGGAAAAGCAAAUGGAGAAGAAGUCAGUGAGAGUCUGAACAGGUCUCAGGAGGAUUUACAAGAGGAGCUGAGGCAGAUGAAGGAGCAGAUGAAGAGAUUGCAGCAGCAGCUGGAAGCAAAUCAGAGGGUUUCCACCCCAUCAUCCACUCCAGUCAGGACUGCAGGAAGCUCAGCUGGUCCCAAACAGAUUACUCCCAAACCAACACCUCCCCGCCAGCUGACCUCCAAAGUGGCCCAGGCCAAACCAGCAGCAACCACACUGAGGACCAGAGCACCAACAGCAGCGUCUUCAUCCGUUCUGGUUAAAGGAGGAAGCGUGAAACUCCAGGAGUCCUCUGACUUUUCUGACCAGCUGAAUAAUGCUGACUCUUUCAAGCGCAAGCCGAGGGUAGCUCACCAACCCAAACCCAGCACAUCACCAGAAGACAGGGGGCCACUGGUGGAGAUAAAGAUUGGAAGCUCCUUCCAGCCUGUAGAGAGCACCAGCAAGGUUUCCAAUCCUCUGUGUUCACCUCCAGCCUCCCAGACCAGACCAGCACCAGCAGCAUCAGCAGGACAGCCUAAACCUUCUUCUCUUCCUCCUCUUCCCAAAGACGUAGCUAUUGAGAAAUACUCUGGACUGCGGCUCAGAAAACCACGGGUUUCCUCCAGCGACAUGGACCGCAAGAUGGCUGACCGCCGUCUGAUUCGUCUCUCCCAGGUGCCGGAGCGUUUGGCUCGGGAAAAACUGGAGGACAGUGACUGGGUGACGUUUGCUGUGUUGGUCAACAAGGCCACACCACAAAGCAGCAGCAGUGGCAAAACCUUCAGCAUCUGGAAACUGAAUGACCUCCAUAACCUGGAAGUGUUUGUAUCUCUGUUGCUGUUUGGCGAAGUCCACAAAGAGCACUGGAAGACGGAGCCGGGCACGGUCAUUGGACUCCUCAACCCAAACCCCAUGAAACAGAAGGACGGAUAUGACGGGGUCAGCCUGACGGUGGAUCACCCACAGAAGGUGCUGCUGAUGGGUGAAGCUCAAGACUACGGCACCUGCAAGGCCAUGAAGAAGAAUGGAGACCCCUGCUCUCAAAUUGUCAACAUGUACGAGUGCCAGUACUGCCAGUAUCACGUCAAGGCCCAGUAUAAGAAGAUGAGCUCAAAGAGGGCAGAGCUGCAGUCGUCGUUCUCUGGGAAAGCUCCCAACAAGGUGAAAGGGAAAGGCAGCAACCUGAGAGAGCGGCUGUGUCAGGACGGCUUCUACUACGGUGGCGUCUCCUCAGCUGCCUGCGCUGCCUCACUAACGGCAUCCAAACCGAACAAACCCACCCAGAAAACACUGGACAAGCUGUUUGUGAAAGGCUCGACUCAGCUCGUCGAUCAGGCCAAGAGGCUCGCCAUGAAGUCUGGUGAAGUUUCAGGUUGUUCAAAUGAGUUCAAGAGCCUGAUGUCAGUGCCAACACCUGGAGCUCUACAGCUGAGGAAACACUUAGCACAGGGCAGCCCGUCAGUCUCCAAAGAUGUGGCUGGAGCUCCAGUUCAGUCCAUCUCAGCCUCAGACCUGCUGAAGCAGCAAAAGCAGAAGCAGCGGGAGCUUCUGGAGAGCCGUCGACAGAGGGCGGAUCAGAUUCAGAAAAGGGUGCUGCAGAACUCAAGAGGGGCCACACCCGGGUCAUCGUCCUUACUUGGCCGAGAGGGUCUCAUGUCCCCUAAAGCAGCUUCUGAGGUCCCCAAAUCCACCCAAAGCCCUGCAGUGCCCCAUACGCCCACCCUGGGCCGGGGGUUCUCCGAGGGUGAAGACAUCCUCUUUUUUGAGAACAGUCCUCCUCUGGCUCCGGCUCCCAGCGCUCUCAGCCUGUCAGCCGCCAAGCUGGCUGCUCUGAAGAAACUGAAGGCUAAAGGGACGGGACUUGAAAAAGAAGACCCCAACGCUGUGAAGAGGAAGAGGGGUGACAGCAGUGAGAUCAGCGCCCGGGUGGAGAAGAAUCUGACCUCACCCAAUGGUGAGUCGUCCAGUCACGAGGAUGAGGAGCCAGCCCAGAAGAAGAAGCGAGAUCAGCUGCUCUACAUUCAGUCGGAGGAGUUCCAGAAGAUCCUCAACGCCAAAUCUCGUCAUGGAGUUGUACUACAAGCGGCGGAGUACCAGCUGCAGGAGCGCUACUUCGAUGCUCUGGUGAAGAAGGAGCAGAUGGAGGAGAAGAUGAAGGACAUCAGAGAGAUGAAGUGUCGUGCUGUCACGUGUAAAAAGUGUCGUUACACGUACUUUAAACCGGCGGAUCGUUGCGUGGAGGAGAAUCACGAUCUGCGAUGGCAUGACGCCUUGAAACGUUUCUUCAAAUGUCCCUGUGGACAGAGAGCUAUCGCUUUGGACAGACUGCCACACAAACACUGCAGUAACUGUGGUCUGUUUAAAUGGGAACGUGACGGGAUGCUGAAGGAGAAAACAGGACCAAAGAUCGGUGGAGAGCUUCUCCAGCCUCGAGGAGAGGAGCACGCCAAGUUCCUCAACAGCCUGAAGUGACAGCACCUUCAUCUUCAUCACUGCCGCAAACUGGUUGUUAAGCAAACAACGUGUAUUUAGAUUUUUAUGUUUGUCCUCUGUCUUUCUACAUAUGUGUGAAUUAUGUUUUUCAAGUUUUGUUUUUAUGUUUUAAUGUUUUUAAAAUGGCAAUGUGAUCCGAAUAAGAAAUGAUCAAUCAAUAAAUGUGGACU